UAGGCGUGAGUUAGGAAAGAAAAGUGCCAAAUUUGUCGCCUACGCAACGAGUUAAAAGAAACCACAAAACGUUUUGUAAGAUUUGUUUGCUCAUGCCUCGUAUACUUUAUCUUCAAAGUACCGACUUAAUCCUUAUUCCAUAUACCAGAAUAGAAUAUUUCAAAUAGUUAUUUUAAAAAUAUAUAUUUUUUACCGUUUGAAGGAAAACAGAGUUCUUAUAAAUUGCAAUUAAUAUUUUUAUCAAGAAUGGAGGUCUAAUAAAUCUGUGUAUUAUCUGUUUCUACGAUGUUAAGCAUAAAUGUGUAUUUUGCCUCGCAUUUGAAAAACGAAAUUUUCAACUAGAGGAAUCUAUAAAUGGUAAAAAUACGGAGUAUACUUUGAAUUUAGAAAGAAAAAGACUUCGAAUUGCAAGUGUGGAGUCGGAACCUUACCAAACUGUUGAGUUUUUUAAUGAAUCUAGAUAUGUGGGAAAAGGAUUCAGUUUUGAAAUAUUAGAUCAUCUUUCGGAGCAUUUCAAUUUCACCUAUGAUGUCGUUGUUCCGGCAGAUUUGGAUUUUGGAAUGCUAAUUAAUGGAUCAUACUGGACGGGAAUGAUAGGUAUGCUUUUAAACCAGACAGCUGACAUGGCGGCUGCCCCAAUAAGUAUAACUCAAGAAAGGCAAGAAGUAGUUACUUUUGGAACAGUUUUAUUCGAAGACUCGUUGGGUCUUCUUUUUUCUAAACCUCAAGAUCGGCAAAAUAGUGGAGCUCUUAUAGCACCUUUCUCAACAACUGUGUGGAUUACAGUGAUACUAAUUGCUUUGAUGGUCUGCCCAAUUCUUAGCUUGCUUGUACGUCUAUCAACAUGGGUAAAGCGACAAAGAAAGAGACGAAUCAAAGAUUCGAAUUUAUAUAUGAACUUUGGUGACUGUAUUUGGUUCGUGUAUUCUGGUUUAAUGAAACAAGGAUGUGAGAAAUCAUCUUCAUCGAUACCAGUUCGCCUUCUAAUGGCUGCGUGGUGGCUAACUAGCUUGCUUAUUGCAGCUUUUUACACGGCUAAUUUAACAGCUUUCCUUACAACCGAAACUUCAAUUUCUGCGCUAACCAUAAAAGACCUCACAGAACUUGGAUUUCGGUGGACUUUCAAGAAAGGAACAGCAUUUUCAAACAAAUUGCUUAAGGAAGAAAAUUUUAAAGCUAAAGACGAGUUUUUUCUAUUGCGAGAAUCACUUCGAAAAAAAUUGGGGAAGAGCGUCAAUUCAGAAGAAGAUGCUAUGGAGUACACACAAAAAGGAUAUUCUUAUAUACAAGAAGUGAAUAUUUUGAAUUACUUACUUUUUCAAGAUUUUAAGGCAAGACAAUAUUGCAAAUUUCAUGUACUUGAUUUGAAUUUGUUCAAACACAGUGCAGCAUUUGCAUUUCCAAGAGGAAGCCCUUACGCUAUUCAUUUCUCGCAUUAUAUGGAAGCUUUAAGAAAAAAUGGAUUGAUUCAAAAAUGGAUGCAACAGCACUUGUCCAAGACAGAUGUGUGUACUCUUCACCACGAUAACAAGUUGUCUCAGAAAGAACAAGCUCUUACGUUGAAUGAUGUUUACACAGCAUUUUAUUUGCUAUUGAUUGGGAUAUUUGCAUCUUCAAUAUGUUUUAUAACUGAACGAUACUAUAGUAAACAUAGAGAUAAAAAUCGUAAAAUUGGUCUAAUCAGAAAUAAAAGAAAAUAGAAAAAAUGAUUAUAAGAUCAGUUUUAACUGUAAUUGAAAACAAAAAAAAUUAAAGCUAGACUUAAAAAAUGCGAUUUUUUUUAAAAUAACAUUUAGUGAGGAAUAUCGAUGUUAUUCAUACACUAUCAAUGUUUUUCAAAAUUCAAGUAUAGAGAACACCACUAUCAUCAUAUUAAAAAUACAUGUUACUUACGUAAAUUUAUUGAUUUUAUAUUAAAUACAGAUUUCCAUAAUUAAAGUUAUUGAUAAUGUUUAGAAACUAUAAUUAAAGACAAUUAAUGAAGAAAUUUCUUGAAAUGCGUAUGUUCAUUGAUAUAAAACUGUAAUCUGCUAUGACGGUAAAGUUGAGCCCAAUUCACAUAACAACUCCAACUUACAGAAAUAUUUGAUAACCAAUUGAUGAAGUAAUAUAAAAAAAUCUUACUAUACACAGAGACUUCAUUUAUAAUAUUGUAAAAGCUUCUAACAAAUUGAACGAAAAAGGAAGGUUUGAAGUCACAAGUAUAAAAAAUUCUUUUUGUAGAAAAUAUCUUAAAAAGUUUGAGCCCAUCUGUACCUCAAAAUACGUAGAUAUAUCUUUCAUUUUUAUAUUUUUACCAGCUUGCAGUUUUAAUGAACUGUUAAUGUAUACAGUGCGUGAAAGAAAAGAAUAUAAGAAAAAAACGGAACACUCUAAAAACCUUUUGGGCUAAUGAUCGGAUUUUCACGUACGAGGACUCAAACUUAAUGGCUAAUGAUUUCAAAUAUACUAAUUAAUUAGAGUAGACGCUAUUUUAAGUUAUGAAAGAGAUAAAAACGUACUUCUUCUAAACAAACAUACCUUUUUUUAUAACGAAUUUCUAUUCCUAACCUUAAAAAUAAGAGUGGGGUAGCUGAAAUCUGGAAAAUAUAAUCCCAAUAGUUUGGUCAGGAAAGCGAAGUUGAAAAAAUGUGAAAAGCAAGGUAUACAAUUUUUUACAUCAUUUUAAAAAAUGUAAAUUUACAUGACUAAGUAUAAAAUUGGAACAAAAAGUGCAGAAUAGCUUCAGAGAAUUUUUUUUAAUUUUAUAUAAUAACCGUCGUUGAACUGCUGAUCCAAUUGAGGGUUCACGGCUACUAAUGUUCAACUCCGCAGCCUUGUAAUUUUGUUUAUAAUUGUGUGCAAAAAUUUUUAAAUUGUGACUAAAGAUUUAUCGAAUUAUGGCGGAAUACGCAAGAAGUAUAAUUUGGUUUAAGGGACCAAACUAUAGGGACCAUAUUUUCCCGAUUGCGGCUAACCCCAUAUUUUGAUUGAGGGUAUGCAUAGCGAAUCUGUCGAAUAAAGAAGGUACGUAUGUUCACAGAAUACACGGUUUUGUGUGUGUGUGUCUGAUUUCGUAACUUAAAAUAUAGUCUGCUCUAAUUAAUCAUCAUAUUUGAGGUUAAUUAAGAUCAUAUUUACCAUUAACCAAUCAAUUUAAGACCAUAUUAACUAUUUAGAUUGAGUCCUAGUAUGUGAAAAUCAGAUCAUUAGAUCAAAAGUUAUCCAGGGUGUUUCCUUUUUUUGCACACUAUAGAUUGACGAAUUAUUCCAAAAAUUUAUUUAAUUUUUUUUUCCUUUUUUUGCAAACUAUACUUUGGUAGAAGGCAUUCUCACCUUGAAAUCUUGCUUGUAAAACAUAUGCAAAAUAACUCAUUUUUAAUCAAAAAUUAUUUUCGUAAAGAUACUUCUAUGCCUGAAAUAACUUUAAAUAAAAUAUGAAUGCUUACAAAUAUUUUUAGUAAAACCUAUUAAAAUCUUUGGGUUUAAUUACCAAAUAAAAUGCUUGAUUAAUCCACUUGUGACGUGGAAUAGCUCUGUACUUGUAUAUAUAAUGUACCUGUGUACUGAUAUCUGUAUAAUAAAUGUAUAUCAUCUAAUAGUUUAGAAGUAAAAAUAAUAAAGAGUAUUUUAAUA